AUGAAGUUGAAAAGAGAGAAGCAGGAGAGCUCUGACUGCGAUGAAGGUUCAAAGGGGAAAAUGACGCUUUUGCUGGCACUGGUAACGCUGAUAUCUGCGUUUGGAUCGUCUUUCCAGUACGGCUACAACGUGUCUGUGAUUAAUUCUCCAGCCCUGUACAUGCAAGACUUUUACAACCGAACCUACUUCAACAGGAGUGGAGUGCCUAUGGACAGCGGCUUCCAGACGCUGCUCUGGUCUCUUACUGUGUCCAUGUACCCUCUGGGUGGCUUGUUUGGGUCCCUCAUGGUGUGGCCUCUGGUCAACAAUUGUGGCCGAAAGGGCACUUUGCUGAUAAAUAACCUCUUCUCCAUUGCUGCUGCAACCCUUAUGGGAACCUCAGAGCUAGCAAAAACCUUUGAAGUAAUCAUCCUUUCACGUGUUAUCAUAGGAAUAUAUGCUGGUCUGGCCUCCAAUGUGGUUCCCAUGUUCCUUGGAGAAAUGUCCCCCAAAAAUCUGAGAGGUGCUAUUGGGGUAGUACCCCAGCUCUUCAUCACCCUUGGGAUCCUUGUAGCUCAGAUCCUUGGUCUCAACAGCAUCCUUGGGAAUGCCGAAGGCUGGCCCGUGCUGCUGGGGCUCACUGGGAUCCCAUCAUUAAUUCAGCUCCUUAUAUUGCCCUUUUUCCCUGAGAGUCCCAGAUAUCUGCUGAUACAAAAGGGCAAUGAAGAGCAAGCACGACAAGCUCUGCAGAAGCUGAGAGGCUGGGAUGAUGUGGAUGAUGAGAUGGAAGAAAUACGCCAAGAAGACCGGUCAGAAAAGGAGGAAGGACAUUUCUCUGUACUCAGCCUGUGCACCUUCAGAGGCUUGCGAUGGCAGCUCAUCUCAAUUGUUGUCAUGAUGAUGGGCCAGCAGCUCUCUGGGGUUAACGCGGUCUUCUACUACGCAGACAGAAUCUUCCAGUCGGCAGGUGUGGACAACAAUAAUGUUCAAUAUGUCACUGUGUCGAUAGGUGCCAUCAACGUCGUCAUGACUUUGCUUGCUGUUUUCAUCGUGGAAUCCCUGGGGAGGAGAAUCCUUCUCCUUGCUGGCUUUGGAUUGUGCUGUGUCUCCUGUGCAGUGUUAACUUUGGCCCUCAAUCUCCAGACCACUGUCUCGUGGAUGUCUUACCUCAGCAUAGUGUGUGUCAUUGUUUACAUCAUCGGACAUGCUAUUGGAGCCAGUCCAAUUCCCUUUGUGAUGAUCACCGAGAUGUUCCUGCAGUCAUCCCGGCCUGCAGCGUUCAUGGUGGGUGGGUCUGUGCACUGGCUAUGCAACUUCACCGUGGGGCUUGUGUUCCUCUACAUGGAGGCUGGACUGGGGCCCUACAGCUUCCUCAUCUUCUGUGCCAUCUGCCUUGCCACUAUAGUUUACAUCUUCUUUAUUGUUCCUGAGACGAAGAACAAAACCUUCAUGGAAAUCAACAAGAUCAUGGCCAAGAGGAACAAGGUGGAGAUUCAGGAAGACAAAGAAGAGUUUGAGGAUUUCCACACUGUCCCAGGCGGGCAGGCAGAGAAGAAAGAAAUCUCCAGCAGUGAACUGUGA